AUGUGUUUCUGCAACGGCACAACCACCGAAUACAUGCCCCCCGCCCGCAUCCCCAAACACACCCCCUACCCGCGCCCCAGGACCGCCGCGUCCCGAAAGAAGAGCUACCGACAAAUCGCCUUACCCGUACCGCCGAUGACCACUACCACCACCACGACAACCCUGCAGCAAGAGCGAUAUUCGUACGCCGCGAGCAGGUCGUUAUACGACGCGCGCGGCGCCGGCGCCGGGUCCGGCCCGCGCCGCUCGUACGAUCGGUAUUAUCGCUCCAGCGUGUCGUCGUUGCCGGUGUUGGCGUCGUCGUCGUCGACGUCGAUGUCGAAUGCAGCUGGUGCUGCGGCGAUGUCGGAGCAGCAGUAUUAUGCUGUGAGGGAUAGGCAGCGGAGGGAUAGUUAUCCGAGGCAGCAUGUGCAGUUGAUGGUGGAGAGGAGGCCGGUGACGGCUGGUGCGGGCGUGGGGAGCGGCGGGUGGAGGAGGGAGGAGAGGGUUGUUUAUGUGUAG